AUGGGGUAUGUUCACAAAUUAACUAAGCCUGUUUUUGUUGUUGUUGUUGCCCACAUAACCUAUAACAUCCACUACAUAACCUAUAACAUCCACUACAUAACCUAUAACAUCCACUACAUAACCUAUAACAUCCACUACAUAACCUAUAACAUCCACUACAUAACCUAUAACAUCCACUACAUAACCUAUAACAUCCACUACAUAACCUAUAACAUCCACUACAUAACCUAUAACAUCCACUACAUAACCUAUAACAUUCACUACAUAACCUAUAACAUCCACUACAUAACCUAUAACAUCCACUACAUAACCUAUAACAUCCACUACAUAACCUAUAACAUCCACUACAUAACCUAUAACAUCCACUACAUAACCUAUAACAUCCACUACAUAACCUAUAACAUCCACUACAUAACCUAUAACAAUCACUACAUAAUCUAUAGCAUCCACUACAUAACCUAUAACAUUCACUACAUAACCUAUAACAUCCACUACAUAACCUAUAACAUUCACUACAUAACCUAUAACAUUCACUACAUAACCUAUAACAUCCACUACAUAACCUAUAACAAUCACUACAUAAUCUAUAGCAUCCACUACAUAACCUAUAACAUUCACUACAUAACCUAUAACAUCCACUACAUAACCUAUAACAUUCACUACAUAACCUAUAACAUUCACUACAUAACCUAUAACAUCCACUACAUAACCUAUAACAUCCACUACAUAACCUAUAACAUCCACUACAUAACCUAUAACAUCCACUACAUAACCUAUAACAUUCACUACAUAACCUAUAACAUCCACUACAUAACCUAUAACAUUCACUACAUAACCUAUAACAUCCACUACAUAACCUAUAACAUCCACUACAUAACCUAUAACAUCCACUACAUAACCUAUAACAUUCACUACAUAACCUAUAACAUCCACUACAUAACCUAUAACAUUCACUACAUAACCUAUAACAUUCACUACAUAACCUAUAACAUCCACUACAUAACCUAUAACAUUCACUACAUAACCUAUACCCCUCGA